UUUGUUGCGGUUUUGGUUUUAUUUCCGGGGUUGUCUUUUUGAAAAAAAGCUAUGAAGCAUGCUAACCUAGCAAUUUAAAGAUUCAGAAGUACAAAUGUCUCUGAGCUUUUGCUGUGUUUGUUAGAGAAAAAGUCAGCGUACUCUGAAAUGACCUAAGGCUGGCUUAUUGGUGGAACAUAACGAGUAUCGGCAGAAGAUGAUAGAACCAGAGGUACUGACCGAGGUCCCUGCAGCAUUGAAGCGGCUAGCCAAGCAGGUUGUAAGGGGUUUCUAUGGAGUGGAACAUGCUUUGGCACUGGAUGUGCUCAUUCGCAACCCAUGUGUACGUGAGGAGGACAUGCUGGAGUUGCUCAAGUUUGAUCGUAAACAGUUGCGUUCAGUACUCAACACUCUGAAGGCAGACAAGUUUGUCAAGUGUCGCAUGAGAGUGGAAACCGCCCCAGAUGGCAAGACAACAAGGCACAACUACUACUUCAUCAACUACAGGGUACUGGUCAACGUGGUCAAGUAUAAAUUGGAUCACAUGCGACGGCGCAUCGAGACAGAUGAGCGAGACUCCACUAACCGUGCCUCCUUCCGGUGCCCCUGCUGCUUCUCCACCUUCACCGACCUAGAGGCCAACCAGCUGUUUGACCCCAUGGCAGGUACAUUUCACUGCACCUUCUGCCAGACGGAGGUAGAAGAGGACGCGUCUGUGUGUCCUGACGGCAGAACACUAGUGGCACGCUUCAACGAGCAGAUCGAACCCAUCUAUGCGCUGCUACGUGAGACCGAAGAUGUUAACUUGUCCCAGGACCUGCUGGAGCCUGAGCCUGCUGAGAUUCCUGCCCUCAAACAGAGCCGUGAACGUGCUGCAGCAGCCGCGGGAAUGACCGGCCCGCACCGUGAAGCCUGGUCUAACAAAGGCUCAUCCUAUGCCGACAUGUACACCCAGAAUGUGGUUAUCAGCAUGGAGGAGCAGGAAGAACAGCUGAAACAGGCCAAUGAAGGCAAGGCCCCCAAGGAGAGGCCCGUCUGGUUGACCCAGAGCACGGUGCAGGGAGCUUACAGCGAGCCUGACCUCAUCAAGAACCGUGGAGACGUUAUACCCGGAGCCCAGGAUGGAGCAGCUGCUCAUGGAAUUGGUGUGGCCGAUGAAAAUGAGGAAGUGAUGCGUGCCCUGCUUAUCCAUGAGAAGAGGGGUGCUGCAGGAGUAGGAGCAGGUGGAGGUGGAGGCGGAGCAAGCGCUGCCACCAAGGGGCUCACCUCGGCCAAAGCUAAUGCCAGCGACUCCGACAGCGACACCAGCGAAUCGGAUGACAACUCUCCCGCAGUUCCCCCACCUGCCACCGCUGCUCAGCAUCGGGCCGCCGUGGAGGAGGAAGAAGACGAUGAUGAGUUUGAGGAUGUGGGGGAUGAGCCAAUGGUGAUGGUUGGAGGACGGCAGUUCUCCUACAGGGAGGUCAGCCAGAAGCCAGAGCUAGUGGAGAAGAUGUCAGCACAGGAGAAGGAGGCCUACAUUGAAAUGGGACAAAACCUCUUCCAGGACAUGUACUUCUGAACACACAAACACAUUGAUGCAUACAUACAUACAUACAUACACACACAUCAUCAACAAUUUAAUGGAUUGGCUUUGAGUUCCCAAAAGUAUACUCUCACGCUGUCAAUGUUGACAUCUGAGGAAAUGUUUGUGGACACAACUUCUCAAGAUGAAAACAAGAUGCUGCUCAAGAAAUAUUUAGUCAGCUUCAUGCUCUCACAUUAUAAGAACUAGGACAGUGUCAGACACCUUUUAGUAUACUGUCCUAAGUAUUUUUUUAUUCUCAGUCACCAUACCAUAAGGGAGUUGGCCAGCUGCAGUUUGUGCACCGAGUGCCAAUUUGUGUUUUUGUCUGCUUUAUUUUCAUUUCAGUUUAACAAGCCGUCACACCACUCAUGUUUUAGCCGUGUUUUCCAGUCACACGUCUGUCAUGCAUAUGACGGGUCAGAUACGUUUAAAAUGUAUUCAAUACAGCCGUCUACACACAAGCGUAUGUUAUUGCUUCAAGUCUAUUUUCUUCCGACUCGUGUAUAACUACAUUGAUUGUGUAUUUGGCUGUGAGCAGUUUCUAAAGACGUCCGAGUGCAUAGCUUGUGCUGUGGUUGAACGUAAGCCGUGUGACAAUGAAGGACUGAAGCUGCUGUUUCUGCUGAUGUGCUGCUUUCAUUUGAGUUUUUCUGGAACAAGAAAAACAAGAGGAUCUGGAUGAACUGUUGUGGUUUAAAGUAAAACAUUUGUUAUUCUGAAGAAUCUGUAAUAAAAAGAUACUGCAUUACA